AGCUUCCACUUUUCUUCGCCGAUCACCACAAGUUUUCAGCCAAUAAAAACCCCAUUUUUCAGUAUUUAAACCCAUCAAAUUCAUCUCAGAUCACCUUCAAAAUUUCAAACCCAAUCUUCCUCUGUUUCAACCACAAAAAACAGAGCAACCCCAACAACAAAAAAUGCCGAUGAACCCAAAUCUCCUCGACCUGCAAUACAGAGUCUCCAAGAAAAAGUUCCUCCGGGAGCCCUCCCGACUGUUCUCCUUCAAGGACCGGCAGAGCUCCGGCGUCCGGCGGGCUCUGCAACCGAGCACGGAGGAGAUCAAGCAGAUCUUCAACAAGUUCGACACGAACAGAGACGGGCUGAUCUCAAAGCACGAAUACAGGGGAGUUCUGAAGGCGCUGGGGAGAGGGAACUCGAUGGAGGAGGUGCAGAAGAUUUUCAGGGCGGUGGAUACCGACGGCGAUGGGUACAUAAACUUGAAUGAGUUCAUGGAGGUUCACCGGAGUGGGGACGGAGUUCAGGCGAGAGAUGUGGAAUUUGCUUUUAAGACGUUUGAUUUGAAUGGGGAUCGGAAGAUUAGUGCAGAGGAAAUUAUGAGAGUGUUGAGGGGAUUAGGGGAAAAGUGUAGCAUUGAGGAUUGCCGGCGGAUGGUGAGGGCGGUGGACAGCGACGGCGACGGUAUGGUGGACAUUGAUGAGUUCAUGACUAUGAUGACUCGCUCUGUGAUGUAAUGUUUAAGGGAUGUGUUUGAACUUUGAACUUCAACGACUCUUUUUCUUUUAUGGAAGUCUGGUGAAUCGUAUAAGUGUUUAAUUUAAAUUUUAUUUCGUCUUAAUUUGAAUUUACAGCUACCUUCGUUCCAUCA